AUGUCCAAGUCCUAUUUGAUUCUGCUUUAUUUGAAAAUAAUAUUCACGCUGGAUGAAUUCGAACUCGAUUCUCAAUUGCCUACUGUAACGUGUAGGCAGUGCGUGCAAGUCUGGCGCUCAGUUAGUAAAGACUCAAGGGCUGCCUGUGGACUUAACUCCGUAACGUGCACUGGUAACGCUUGCUUUAUGAGACAGUGUAAGCAUUGUCCCCUCUAUCAAUAUAUGACUGGCUGUUUACUGCUUACUGAAUGGCAAUUAGCUGAUCUAGCACUAAUGAAGCAACGAAGUGAUUUAUUGGCCACGAGAGUGGGAUCAAUUUUGCUUUGCGAGGAUUCUGUUAAUUACACAACUUGUAUUUGCAAUCGCAAGGAUAAAUGCAACGAUAUUCAUACUCGAUCACCAUUUACAACAUAUGCUGGUUCGUUGAGAACUUCAAAAUUUCGAAAUCCUUUUGCAUUUUCAGGUAGUCUGUUUAAUGGAAUCAUAAAUUUUGAGCAAGCGAUUAAUAAGAUUGAUCCACGCUAUGGUGAUCGCCAAUCGAAGCAUUCAUUCGCUUUUAAAAAUUUCCUUUUGAAUUGUGCAACCCAUUACUGCUUCUACGUCUCGCGAAUAUUUAUAAUGCUUUACCUGUUAAAAAUUUUCUAUUCUUCGUUUUUGUACUAA